UAUAGCUUAGAAAUAGGUAAGUAAAAAAAGAGAAGAAAGUCCAAGACAGGAGAAGGAGCUGAAGCAAAAACGGGGGUAAGUAAAAGUGUAAAACAAUGGCUCACUCUCCGUUUUAUUAGGGUUUUUCUCCGCAGACUACGCCAUCAAAGUUCCAUCAUCAUCUCCAUCGCCUCGCUCGAAAUCCCAUAAUCAUAACAGCAAGUACACGCACAAGCUAUCACACUUUCUCUCGUCUCUUUGUGUUUAUGCUGUUUCCCCUUUUGCAUACCGGGCUUCUACUCUGAAAUCAAACAUAUUAUAUCAUCCUUUAUCGCCACAUGAUGGGUCGAAUGCGGUUAGCCAGGACUGGUCCAUGGGCCCACACGAGCCCUACUGGCGAACCAACACCAGCUUCUCUCCUCCACCACCAAGAUGGGAUUUCCGAUUCCAUUCCGAAGUUCAAUCAUUCGGUUCCCAAGAAGGAAACCGUUUAUACGGUUCUUCUACAUCUUCAAACAGUAGAGAAAGUCGAAACUGGUUAAGAACAAAUCACUUACCAAAUCAUCGGCAUUCUGUUUCUGAUGGAAUUGGAGCACUUUUUAGCACCCCAUCCGACUUAUCCCCAAACCAACAGUGGACCCCACCUACUAUCCAAGAAAUCAGCCUCGAUGAAUAUUCCAAUUCAUCAAAAAGAGUUUUGGGGCCGUUAUCAUUUUCGCCAAAUUCUGAGGGAGUUUCGGCUCCUAAUGAAGGAAGAGCUUCAAUUUCAUCUCAUUCAGAUAGUAGUGAUUUUGAGACAAUUGUAAAAUCAUUAUCUUCUCAAUCCCACCAUGGUCGGCGUUGCUUCAUGUCAAAGCCAGUCCACCCGUUGUCCAUUCCAGUUGAAAGAACCAACUCCGGAAUCGGAAUCAACGAUUCCGAUGCUGCUAGUUGUGAAUUUGAGCAUUCCGAUGUUUCUGAACCAAUCGAAUCUGAUGUUAUUAAUCGAUCAAGUGGGGAUAAAUGUGGCCUCUGUGACCGGUUUUUGUCCCAGAGAUCACCAUGGAGCUCCCGCCAGAUCAUCAGAAGUGGAGAUUUUCCGGUGACCGGAGUUCUCUCCUGCCGCCAUGUCUUCCAUGCAGAAUGUUUGGACCAAACAACACCAAAAACACACAAAGGCGAUCCUCCGUGUCCCAUUUGUGUUAAAUCUGAACCUAGAAAUUCUCCUGAACAACGGGUUUUGUCAAAAUUGAAAAACUCGGGGGUUCCACGCCUCAAAACUUUUCGUGAGGAUGGACCAUCUCGCCCCUGGCGGUGCGCUCAGGCGGGGAAUUGUGUUGAGGGGGCUUUGAGUGCACCAUCACGAAGUGGCAUGAUGGUAAUUAACCGGAAUCGGAUAAAAAAAGGUCUUUCCUUGAAGGGGAACUCUGGUAAGGAUUUCGCCGGAAAACUGAAGAAUGGUGGUGGUGGUGGUGAUGGGGUUGGGUGUUCGAAGUCAGCAUCAAGUUCAAGAAAGAAGUGAUGAAAAUGGUAAGGGGUGUGUGUGUGUGUAUAUAUAACUGCAAGGACUAAAAUUGAUUUUGAUUAUUAACUUGUAACAAGAGCCCCAAAAUUGUUUUGAUCAAUGUUAUUGUUAGGUAUAUGUAAAAUAUUGUAAUUUUGGAAGUUGGGAAGGGAUUCUGUAGGUUUUGUGUGUGUUUGCGAUAGAGGUGUAAACUAAUGGGAUACAUA